AUGACGAGACUGUCUCAGAGUAGCAUUCCGCCCAAGCUAACUGGCGUCAUCGCUUCAAAGAAGUACGAACAAUACAUUAUUGAAGCACCCGAAUCCCCCGUCAAGAUAGCGAUUCUCGACACCGGUGUAGAUCAAACACCUCCAGACAUUGAUGCAUGCAUCGAACAAAUCAAGAGGCAGCACAACUGUACCAAUGAAAAAUUCCCUCAGCCUGUCGACAAUUACCACAAACAUGGAAUCUUUAUUGCGGGACUGUUUUUGGAAUAUGUGCACGAUGCGGAGUUGUAUAUAGCUAAAAUAUCAGAUGGGAAUCCGUGCAGUUCUGGGAAUAUUGCAAGGGCAAUUGACUAUGCCGUUGAUGAAUGGAAAGUGGACAUAAGAUGA